CAGCUGUUGGGGCUCGAGGCUUCCCAUCCAGAACCGACAAAAAGGACGAAUUGCGCCCGGCCGACCUCAGCAAUUGCCAUCUGUCUUCCACGCUGGCCUGCUCGAGAUCCGACCGGACAGCUGCCGUGUUGUAGCAGCUCGACCCCUGCUAUCUCCCAAGCUAUCGAAUUCGUGCGACCUGGGCGAUCCGAACUAGACUAGAAGCUCGGAAAGCUUCAAAGAUGACGCUCAACCUCUUUCGCGUCGCCGGGGAUCUCUCCCACCUGGCAUCCAUCUUUAUUCUUUUGCACAAGAUUGUCCAGCUCAAGAGCUGCUCGGGCAUUUCCUUCAAGUCGCAAGUCCUAUACCUGAUCGUCUACGUGACACGCUACCUCGACCUCCCAUGGACGAGCUCGCCGUACAACUUCAUCUUCAAGGUCCUCUUCAUCUCGUCGCAGUUCUACAUCAUCUACCUGAUGGCGCGCGCGUACCGGCCGACCAACGACCCGAACCUGGACACGUUCCGGGUGCAGUACCUGCUGGGCUUCGCCGCCGUGCUGGCGAUCCUCUUCCCCGUGCGGUACACGGUGCUCGAGAUCUUCUGGGCCUUCUCCAUCUGGCUCGAGAGCGUCGCCAUCCUGCCGCAGCUCUUCAUGCUGCAGCGCACGGGCGAGGCCGAGGCCAUCACGGCGCACUACCUGUUCGCCCUCGGCAUCUACCGCACGCUCUACAUCCCCAACUGGAUCUACCGCUACGUGACGGAGCCGACGCACAAGAUCGACACCAUCGCCGUCGUCGCCGGCGUGCUGCAGACGGUGCUGUAUAGCGACUUCUUUUGGAUCUAUUAUACCAAGGUCAUGAAGGGGGAGAAGUUCAAGCUGCCUGUUUGAAAAAAAAAAAAAAAGGAAACAAAAAGAAAGGGAUUGGCGGUUGGGCAGCGCGGAGAGGGGAAAGAAAAUCCAAGAUGCCGAAACCAAGUAUGGGAAGUUGGUUUCAUUUUUCUCUUUCUUUGUGCCAUCUGAAGUCUCCGUGUAUGGUCGUUCGCGUUGUGAUGUUUGGUUUGUCUGAUACGGUGUGAAAUGCGUGAUGAAUGACAAUGGAUGGAUGGGGGCCGGUGGCUACAGGGCUGUAAUCACGAGAAGCUGAGUGGCCGUGGAUCUAACCCGACCAGAAAUGGUGAUAAAGGGGGGUGGGGGGGG